AUGGUAAAAGUUGUGAUUACUGGAGGCUCCGGGUUUGUUGCCGCACAUCUGAUUCGACGCCUUCAAGAACGAUGUGGGGAUAUUGUAGAUGAGAUCCACACAAUUGACAGACGUCCCUUGACUCACUCCGUCAAUGGUUCGUACUUAUGCCCCUUAUUUUAUCGUUUAGGCGGCAUUCCUUUAACUCACCAUGGUUUGGAUCUGAAUGACGAAAGGUCCGCUGAUGUUUUUGAUGGUGCAAAGAUUGUAUUCCAUUUGGCCAGGAAACAGUAUGAUCCUAUUAUGGGAACAAAUAAAGCUGAGACGUAUGAUAAAGAUAAUUUUGAAGGUAAUCCUUUUAUUCUCUGGAUGGCGUAUCAUGUAUACUAUACUCCCAGCCAAAAGUUUUGACCCCCCUUCUAACUCGGCGCAAAGUGUACCAAUUUGGACCAAAUUUGGUACGUAGUCUACUGACAACCCAGUAGUAAAAAAUAUCAUAGUAGGACAAACCAUAUAGCUGUAUUUCAAAAUCCAGGGACAAUUUUCAAAAAUCACCUCAAAAAAACGGGACAAAAGUUUUGACCCCCCUGCAAAAAAAUGAAAUAUCGCCAGCGGAGGCAACCAGAACCUUUUGGAACCGGUGUCCCUUACCUGAAUAUGGGUUAAUAAAUGCUUUUUUGUUGAAUGCUUCGUUGCAUUUGAGGAUGCAACGCGUUAAACUGAUUUUGAUGUAGAGCUGCCCAAAAUGGUAAAAAUCUUCUACUGGCGCUUUCCAAAAGUUUCAAAUUAUGUUCACAUCAUGUGAUCUUGACGUGUUAUAACCUGCAUUAAUCUUUUCCUUUCGAAAAAAGUCCAUGAUGGCGUAGCAGAAUCGAUUCGGCCGGUAUCCAGUUGUCAUGGUCAGCCUUGAUGAGCCAUUUGCUCUUUGACUAAAGGUCUAGAUGGGGUCGCUAGGUCCUCAAUCUAAUCCUGAGACUCCUAUUUACUUUCAGCAGGGUAAAAGGUUCCGAUUUGACACGUUUUGGAAUGGGUUUCAUUCACCUUAAUCAUAAGUUUGCCGUUACUGUAGAUGCCCCCGAGUACGAUGCCAUCCCCACCGCCCAUUUGGCGUUCCAUAUGUCUCAAAUGAGUCUGGCGGGUGCUGUAGCCUCCUAAAUUACCUGGCCCAUCAAAUGAAAGCCGUUUUUGGUCGCAAAAAAUCCAUUUGAAAAACGCGGGUUUUUCUUUAAGGUGCAGAUCGGUAAAGUUGCAUCUACAAACCAUUUGGGAUCGUGUCAGCGGGAGUUUAUUCUUGUUUUGAGAGUAGACACAAGUCUCAGGAUUAGAUUGAGGACCUAGCGACCCCAUCUAGACCUUUAGUCAAAGAGCAAAUGGCUCACCAAGGCUGACCAUGACAACUGGAUAUCGGCCGAAUCGAUUCUGCUAGGCCAUCAUGGACUUUUUUCGAAAGGAAAAGAUUAAUGCAGGUUAUAACACGUCAAGAUCACAUGAUGUGAACAUAAUUUGAAACUUUUAGAAAGCGCCAGUACAAGAUUUUUACCAUUUUCGGCAGCUCUACAGAUUAACCCAUGUUCAGGUAAGGCACACCGGUUCCAAAAGGUUCUGGUUGCCUCCGCUGGCGAUAUUUCAUUUUUUUUGCAGGGGGGUCAAAACAUUUGUCUCGUUUUUUUGAGGUGAUUUUUGAAAAUUGUCCCUGGAUUUUGAAAUUCAGCUAUAUGGUUUUUCCUACUAUGAUAUUUUUUACUACUAGGUUGUCAGUAGACUACGUACCAAAUUUGGUCCAAUUUGGUACACUUUGGGCCGAGUUAGAAGGGGGGUCAAAACUUUUGGCGGGGAGUAUAUGUGAAGUGAACUCAUGGUUUGUAUUUUAUUUCAGCUACAAAGAACGUUGUGGAUUCUGUGAUCCAGCACAAAGUCCAAGGUCUUGUUUACCUUGGCGAUGCCUUCGCAAAUGUUCCAAGUCGCGAUAAUUUUGGAAAUUCCGAGGAUGUUCAUGCAGGAGAACCCUCUUCUUAUCUCCUCGGUUCCUACGGAGAAUCAAAGACGAAAGCAGAGCUAUAUGUUCGCAACAAAAUUGGUACAGAAUACGGCGAAAGUAAGAGUCCAUUACCUUUUAACUACUCUGUUUAGACCAAAAGUUGUAUGGAGUUUGUUUCCGACCUACAGUAAUCUACGGAGAAGGCUCUAGAGGUUUGAUCAAUGCAGUGAAAAGAGUUGCUGAAGCCAAUAAUGGAGAGCUUGUCAAUAUCAGCGGCUCCUCAAACGGAAUGUUGCAAUAUGUAAGCGGCUUUAUAUAACCUUUCGUCAUUGGAUUGCUCCGGUACAUCUCUCUAGGACAGUGUAAUUUAAUAUUAUAGAUCUACGCUGGAAAUUUGGCAAUUUACCUGGAAGAAGCGAUGAGAGUUUUGUUGAAGGAGCCUGCAGAAAUCAGCGGACACUUCUUUUAUUGUAUGGAUAAGACCGAGGCCACCCAAUUCAACAAGGUAUGCACGGAAUGCCCUUUCCAGGUGGCUGCACUUUAGUCUGCCGAAAUAGAAGGCCUACGAAUCCGGAAAUGCAGAUCUUGAGUUCUGUUUUCCAUCCUCAGGGCAUUUACGUGGAGCCUUUUCCUGGCUUCCGGGGGAAGAUAAAAAAAUUACAGUACUCAUUUGUCACCUUAUUUUUAGGUCAUGGCCAAAUUUCUUGAACCCUAUGGAAUUUCUCUGAAGUCAUCGUUUAGUUUCCUCUCUAUCUAUCUACAAACGGCUUAUGCCCAAACCAAACUGAAUUUGUUCGGGAUUCAGCCAGAAAAGCCCGUUUAUAAUAUGGGGGCCCUGAGGCUAUUUGUGAUCUAUGCCAUCGGAUUCAGUAACAGGAAACAACAACUUAUGUUCAAAUCACGACCACAGUUCACCCAAGAGGAAGCAAUGGAGAGAACGGCCAGAUGGAUCGCCUCCAAAAACUUUAAUCAGCCAGAAUUGCCUCUGACGCAAGAAAAGCCGAUAUUCAGAAGAGGAUAA